AUGAAGGCGAUUCUCAUCCUCGCGCUUUGUCUGCCCGCCCUUGCCGACGAAAUCAAACAUCGCCAGCUCAUUCCACCUGGAGCCAAUACAAUUCCAACCACGUCGAGUAGUUACGACUACUGGUGGCCAUACCCUCCCGGAGGUGUUGCCUCUACUACAACAACCACGCCAAGCGCCAUUCCGUCUACGAUACCCAUAGAAGUCAGCGGCAUGCCACCAGAAACAACAGAUUCGAGUAGUAUCGUCUCUACUUCCCUGCUACCUUCAAGUUCGGAUGAUACCGACAGCACCAUGCGCAACAGUAAUUCAUCCUCGUCGACAUCCAACACUCCCACAUCAUCGGUGUCCAUGAUAACGAUCUCGCCCCCUUCCUCCUCGCAAUCCGCUCUUCCCAGUCUGGUAACCUAUCCCAAGAAGGAGCCAAAUGGAGCCAAGAUCAGCAUGUACCUCAUACCCGUUCUGGUAGUCGUCGGUGCGAUACUGGGAAGCCUGUGCGCGUGGAUUGGCUGGGGAUGCCUCACACGGAAAGGUCGACGAGGAAAGACUGAACUCGAGGUAGGCCCUGCAUACGACUCGGAGGCGGGAAGGGUGAAGGCCGACGAAGGAUUUUCUUGGCCGGCGAUGGAGACGCAGACGCAAGAAAAUACGUUCCUCGUUCUUCCAACCAAUCCGCGACGGACCAGACCUUUGCGUCCAUCACGGGCUGAUACUUCCUCCACUCGGGUCUCGCGUAAGAACACGACCACCACGAUGGCUUCAGUGUCGGUCUAUUCUCAGGUUGGAGAAGAUGAGGAGUAUGAAGAAGAGAAGCAUGACGACGACGGUAUGUCAUUCCUGGACGCGUACGAGAGUGAUGAAGAGUUCAUGGCAAACGCCCGGAGACCAUCAUCGCGUGCAGCCGGGGGAGGUACUCAACGCGUCGUGUCGAGACGCAGGAAUCAUGUCCGGACCGAUUCGGAUAUGACUGUUGACGGUGGUAGGCUGGGGAGGAGCGUAACGGGGAAAAGUACAGGAGGAUUCAGGAUCAUAGAAGAGUCGCCGUUGCCCACACCAGCAGCUGUGGCGAAGACUCCGUCUGGCGGCCUCGGAGGUUUUUUCUGGGGAAGUCAGCCAGAGACGGACAAGUAUACGGCACUUCCAUCUCGUGGACAGAACAGCCGCAGCCGCAGUCCGGUCAAGCCUUCUCGGGCAGGCACUACGGCAAGCCAUCAUCCACUGCCGCAGAGUCCAAGGCAGAUCAUGAGUCCAAGAUUAGAGGGAUCCUUGUGUUUUACGCCAUCGAUAGGUCAGGAAGUGAGUGGAACGGGUGGUUCGGAGUACGAUGACGCUCUUUCGCUGCGCAAAGUGGAGGAUAUAGUUGAAAAAUCCCGAAGUCAGAAGAAUCUUCGUAUUGGAGCCCGGUAA